UAGAAAACGCAUCAUGUCUGGAAGAGGCAAAGGUGGUAAAGGACUCGGGAAAGGAGGCGCUAAGCGUCACCGUAAAGUGCUGCGCGAUAACAUCCAGGGAAUCACCAAACCCGCCAUUCGUCGUCUCGCUCGCCGCGGCGGAGUCAAGCGUAUCUCCGGUCUGAUCUACGAGGAGACCCGCGGGGUGUUGAAGGUCUUCCUGGAGAACGUUAUCCGUGAUGCCGUCACCUACACCGAGCACGCCAAGAGAAAGACCGUCACCGCCAUGGACGUAGUGUACGCGCUCAAACGACAGGGACGCACCUUGUACGGCUUCGGAGGAUAAACGCCUUCAAUCUCCACAAACACAACGGCUCUUUUAAGAGCCACCCACACUCUCACACAAAGAGACAAACAUGAAAUUAUUAAUGCGUAUUUCUUACGUUUUGAGCUACGU